AGGCGAAAAGAGCGAUCUGAGGAGGAGAGGCGCAUCUGGAGACAAUAGGAGCCAAUGCAGAGCUGCGCUUUGUCGCUCUGAUCGAGGGCUGUGCCGUCAAAACACAGAAAUACAGAGAUGAUGGAGCGCUGAUUCUGGAUAUAUUCCCCGUUGUUUCGAACUGUGAGAUCUAAGAGGAAAGAUGAAUUCUGUUGAAGCGGCGGAGGACGGACCCAAUGAUUCAGACACGGAUGCCUUCUUCAAAACAGGGUCUUUCAGAAGCGAAGGAAUUAAAGCAUCUGAUGUCCUUCUUGUGUUGAGAGAAAAAAUAGCAUUUGUAUCAGGAGGUCGUGAUAAGAGAGGUGGCCCCAUCCUGACCUUUCCUGCCAGGAGUAACCAUGACCGAAUAAAACAAGAGGACCUGAGACGACUCGUGACGUACCUGUCCACUGUGCCCAGUGAGGAUGUGUGUAAGAGGGGUUUCACUGUGAUUAUUGACAUGCGUGGUUCUAAGUGGGACCUGAUAAAGCCGUUACUGAAGACCCUGCAGGAAGCAUUUCCAGCUGAGAUCUGCGUCGCUCUCAUCAUCAAACCAGACAACUUCUGGCAGAAACAGAAGACCAACUUUGGCAGUGCCAAGUUCACUUUUGAGACUAGCAUGGUAUCAGUGGAGGGGUUGACCAAAAUUGUGGACCCAUCUCAGUUAACGGAUGACUUUGAGGGAUCUCUGGAAUAUAAUCAUGAGGAAUGGAUUGAGCUCAGGGUCGCUCUCGAGGAGUUCCUGGCCAGCGCUGUUCACCUUCUCUCCCGCCUGGAAGAUCUGCAGGAGAUGCUGGCUAAGAAAGAGUUCCCGGUGGAUGUGGAAGGCUCUCGGAGACUCAUUGAUGAGCACACUCAGCUGAAGAAGAAGGUGAUGAAGGCUCCAGUGGAAGAGCUGGACCACGAGGGCCAGAGACUUUUGCAGUGCAUCCGCUCCAGUGAUGGCUUCUCAGGGAGGAACUGUAUUUCUGGAAGUGCCGACUUCCAGAGUGUGGUUCCGAAGAUCGCCAGUCUGCUGGAUAAACUCCACAGCACCAGACAGCACCUGCACCAGAUGUGGCACCUAAGAAAACUGAAGCUGGAUCAGUGUUUCCAGCUCCGAUUGUUUGAACAGGAUGCAGAGAAAAUGUUUGACUGGAUCAGCCACAAUAAGGAAUUGUUUCUUCAGAGCCACACAGAGAUCGGUGUGAGCUACCAGCACGCUGUGGAACUCCAGACUCAACACAACCACUUUGCCAUGAACUCCAUGAAUGCAUAUGUGAACAUAAACCGCAUCAUGUCGGUGGCAUCGCGACUGUCGGAGGCGGGUCACUACGCAUCUCAGCAGAUCAAACAGAUCAGCACUCAGCUCGAUCAAGAGUGGAAGAGCUUCGCCGCUGCUCUCGAUGAACGCAGCACCAUCCUCGCCAUGUCUGCUGUCUUCCAUCAGAAAUCCGAGCAGUUUCUGUCUGGUGUGGAAGCGUGGUGUAAGAUGUGCAGUGAGGGCGGGCUGCCGUCAGAGAUGCAGGAUCUGGAAUUGGCCAUUCAUCACCAUCAGACGCUUUAUGAACAGGUCACUCAAGCUUAUACAGAGGUGAGUCAGGAUGGUAAGGCUUUGCUGGACGUUCUUCAGCGGCCGUUGAGUCCGGGUAACUCAGAGUCUCUGACUGCAUCAGCUAACUACUCUAAAGCCGUGCACUGUAUUCUGGAUGUGGUCCAUGAGGUCCUGCAUCACCAAAGACGUCUGGAGAGUGUCUGGCAGCACCGUAAAGUUCGUCUGCAUCAAAGACUGCAACUCUGUGUCUUCCAGCAGGACGUCCAGCAGGUGAUUGACUGGAUAGAGAAUCAUGGAGAGGCUUUCCUCAGUAAACACACAGGUGUGGGCAAAUCCCUGCACAGAGCCAGAGCCCUGCAGAAACGCCACGAUGACUUUGAGGAGGUGGCACAGAACACCUACACUAAUGCAGAUAAACUCCUGGAAGCGGCCGAGCAGUUGGCCCAGACGGGCGAGUGUGACCCUGAGGAGAUCUAUAAGGCGGCUCGACACCUGGAGGUCAGGAUCCAGGACUUCGUCAGGAGAGUGGAACAAAGAAAACUACUGCUGGACAUGUCCGUCUCCUUCCACACGCACACUAAAGAGUUGUGGACGUGGAUGGAGGACCUGCAGAAGGAGCUUCUGGAAGAAGUUUGUUCCGAUUCAGUGGAUUCGGUUCAGGAGCUGAUCAAACAGUUUCAGCAGCAGCAGACGGCCACGCUGGAGGCCACACUCAACGUCAUUAAAGAGGGAGAAGACCUAAUGCAACAACUCAGAGAUUCAGCAAUGAGCAGUAAUAAGAUGCCUCACACGAGCUCUAUCGCUCACAUCGAAGGCGUCCUACAGCAGCUAGAGGAGGCCCAGGGCCACAUGGAGGAGCUCUUCCACGAGAGGAAGAUCAAACUCGACAUCUUCCUGCAACUGCGCAUCUUUGAGCAGUACACCAUUGAGGUGAAGCGUGUUUGCAUAGAUACCACAGAAGAAGAACCCAGUCUGGCUGAACAGAGACUCCAGCGAUACGCGGAGAGAAAACUGGCCAUGAACAACAUGACCUACGAGGUCAUGCAGCAGGGUCAAGACCUGCAUCAAUACAUCAUGGAGGUCCAGGCUUCAGGUAUUGAGUUGACCGGUGAGAAGGAGGUGGAUCUGGCCACUCAAGUUCAGGAGCUGUUGGAGUUUCUAAAUGAGAAACAGCAUGAGCUUGACUUGAGCGCUGAACACACACAGAAGCGCCUGGAGCAGUGUGCGCAGCUACGCCACCUACAGGCUGAGGUUAAACAGGUUCUGGGUUGGAUUCGUAACGGUGAGUCUAUGCUGGAUGCCAGUAUGGUGAACGCAAGCUCACUGUCAGAGGCCGAACAACUACAGAGAGAGCAUGAGCAGUUCCAGCUCGCGAUAGAGUCUCUGUUCCAUGCUAACUCUCUUCAGAAGACCCAUCAGAGCGCACUACAGGUGCAGCAGAAGGCUGAGAUCAUGUUACAGGCCGGACACUUUGACCCUGAGGCCAUCCGCAGCUGUGCUGAGAAGGUGGCAGUAUACUGGCAGCAGCUCAUGCUGAAGAUGGAGGACAGACUCAAGCUGGUUAACGCCUCCGUAGCCUUCUACAAGACAUCCGAACAGGUGUGCAGCGUGCUGGAGAGUCUGGAGCAGGAGUACCGCAGAGAUGAGGACUGGUGUGGAGCUCAUGAUAAACUGGGAUCUUCAGCAGAGACGGAUCAUGUGCUGCCACUCAUCAGCAAGCACCUGGAACAGAAAGAGGCUUUUCUCAAGGCGUGUACUCUGGCCAGGCGAAAUGCUGAGGUUUUUCUGAAAUACAUCCAUCGGAAUAACGUCAGCACUCAGGGAUCAUCCAGCAACACGCGCGGCCCUGAGCAACAGGUCAAAGCCAUCCUGCAUGAACUGCUACAGAGGGAAAACAGAGUUCUGCAUUUCUGGACCAUGAAGAAGCGGCGUCUGGAUCAGUGUCAGCAGUAUGUGGUGUUUGAACGCAGCGCCAAACAGGCGUUAGAGUGGAUCCAGGAGGCAGGAGAGGUCUAUCUCACCUCUCACACGUCCCCGGGAGACUCGGUGGAGAAAACUCGGGAACUGCUGAGAGAAUACGAAGAAUUCCGCAUCUCUGCCAAGCAAACGAAGGAGAAGGUGAAGAUGUUGAUCCAGCUGGCAGAUAAUUUUGUGGAGAAAGGGCACACGCACGUCACCGAGCUGAAGAAGUGGGUGACCGCAGUGGACAAGCGCUACAGAGAUUUCUCCCUGCGUGUGGCCAAAUACCGCUGCAGUCUGGGCAUCAGCUCUGAGGAUAAUAAGGAUCUGGAGUUGGAUAUCAUUCCAGCCAGUCUAACUGACCCAGAGGUCAAACUGCGUGACCCCAACCACGAGGUCAACGAGGAAAAGAGGAAAUCAGCUCGGAAGAAAGAGUUUAUUAUAGCAGAGCUGUUACAGACAGAAAAGGCUUAUGUGAGGGACUUACACGAAUGUUUAGAGACGUAUUUGUGGGAGAUGACCAACGGCGUAGAGGAAAUCCCUCCAGGAAUCGCCAACAAAGCACACAUCAUCUUUGGAAACAUCCAGGAGAUUUACGACUUCCAUAAUAAUAUAUUCCUGAAAGAGCUGAUCAAUUAUGAGCAGUUACCUGAGGAUGUGGGCCAUUGCUUUGUUACAUGGGCUGAUAAGUUUAAUAUUUAUGUGAAAUACUGCAAAAACAAACCAGAUUCCAGUCAGCUCAUCCUAGAGCAUGCUGGGAGUUUUUUCGACGAGAUUCAGAAGAGACAUGGUCUGGCCAACUCUAUAUCAUCAUACCUCAUCAAACCUGUGCAGAGAAUCACCAAAUACCAGCUGCUGCUCAAGGAGCUGCUGUCCUGCUGUGAAGAAGGUAAAGGUGAAAUUAAGGACGGGCUGGAGGUCAUGUUGAGUGUGCCAAAGAGAGCCAACGACGCCAUGCACGUCAGCAUGCUUGAGGGUUUUGAUGAGAAUCUGGACGUUCAGGGUGAACUCUUCCUGCAGGACACCUUCCAGGUGUGGGACCCCAAAUCUCUGAUCCGUAAGGGACGAGACCGCCACCUCUUCCUCUUCGAGAUCUCCCUCGUCUUCAGCAAAGAAAUCAAAGACUCAGCGGGUCGAUCCAAAUACAUCUACAAGAACAAACUACUGACCUCUGAAUUGGGGGUGACAGAACAUGUGGAAGGAGACCCGUGUAAAUUUGCCCUGUGGGUGGGACGCACACCCUCAUCCGACAACAAGACUGUCCUCAAGGCGUCCAGUAUCGAGGUGAAGCAAGAAUGGAUUAAAAACAUCCGAGAGGUCAUCCAGGAGAGAAUCAUUCACCUGAAGGGGGCGCUAAAGGAACCAAUCCAUGCUCCCAAAACCCCAGUCAAACCCCGCAACAACAGCAAGAGGGAGGCUGGUGAGGAUGCUGACAGUCAGGGAGAUGGCAGCAGUCAGCCGGACACCAUCUCCAUCGCGUCCAGAACCUCUCAGAACACUGUAGACAGUGACAAGCUCUCCGGAGGGUGCGAGCUGACGGUGGUCCUGCAGGACUUCGUGGCGAGUGGCACGUCUGAGCUCAGCAUCCAGACCGGUCAGACGGUGGAGCUGUUGGAGCGACCCAGCGAGCGGCCGGGAUGGUAUCUGGUACGGACCACAGACAAGACCCCCGCACAGGAGGGACUGGUGCCCAGCGGCACUCUGUGUAUCUCCCACUCUCGCAGCAGUGUGGAGAUGGACUGCUUUUUUCCAGCAGGCAAAGAAAACUAUGCGAUUAGCGGCCCAGAAGGAAAGACGGAGUCCGUGGCCACAUUGCAGCCGCAGGCAUCCCUGAACUCCCUGCAGAGCAGCUCCCCUGGACCCAAGCGCUCUGGAAAUACACUGAAGAAAUGGUUGACUAGCCCGGUCCGGCGCCUCAGUCAUGGAAGCAACAUCAAGAAGAUCCCUAGCAAACAGAAGCAGAAACGUGAUGGACGUAAGAGUAUUGAUCUGGGACCACCUGAGCAACAGGAUGACACUCUGGAGGAGAGAGUGCGUAAAGAAGAAGGAACGCUCUCUAAAUCUUCAUCAGGGAUGCACAGCGGAGGAGAGGAAGAGCCUGAGGAUGAGUCCCACAAUCCCCUCCCUCCACCAAUGGAGAUCAUCAAAGACCCAUCUGCUCAGGAAGAGAAGCCGUCUGUGCUGCUGGCUUCACGGCAGAGCUCGGCUGACGUCCCCAGUGCUGCUGAGCUUGUCAGUGCUAUAGAAAAACUGGUUAAAACUAAGAUGACGCUGGAGCCAGGCUCGUACCCAGGAUUCAGCUCCGUGAACCCAGCAGAGCAGAGCCCGGCGCCUCCCAGAGACCCGGAACUGGAGCAGAAAGCCAAAGCUCUGCGUGGACGAAUGUUUGUCCUGAAUGAAUUAAUCCAGACAGAAAAAGACUAUGUGAAAGAUUUGGGUAUCGUGGUCGAGGAGUUUAUGAAGAGAAUAGAGGAGAAAGGAGUUCCUGAUGAUAUGAAAGGAAAAGAUAAGAUCGUCUUUGGAAACAUUCACCAGAUCUAUGACUGGCACAAAGAAUUUUUUGUUGGUGAACUGGAAAAAUGUCUUGAAGAUCAAGAAAAACUGCCUGGGCUGUUCUGUAAACAUGAGAGAAGACUGCACAUGUAUGUGGUUUACUGCCAAAACAAACCCAAAUCUGAAUACAUUGUUGCAGAAUAUGAUUCAUACUUUGAGGGGAUCCAGCAAGACAUCCACUCAAGACUGAGCAUCAGUGAUUUUCUCAUUAAACCCAUUCAGAGAAUCACUAAAUACCAGCUUUUAUUAAAGGACUUCUUGAAGUACAGCGCAAAGGCAGGAUUGAAUUGUCAGGAUAUAGAGAGAGCAGUAGACCUGAUGUCCCAGGUGCCCAAGCUGUGCAAUGACAUGAUGAACCUGGGAAGACUGCAAGGAUUUGAGGGGAAGUUGACGAGUCAGGGAAAGCUCUUGCAGCAGGAGACGUUCUUUGUGACGGAGCAGGACUCUGGCGUUCUGUCCCGCAGUAAGGAGCGCAGGGUCUUCCUGUUUGAACAGAUCGUCAUCUUCAGCGAGCUCUUACGCAAAGGCUCAUCCACGCCAGGAUACCAGUUUAAAAAGAGCAUCAAGGUGAGCUUCCUCGGCCUGGAAGAGCAUGUGGAAAACGAUCCGUGUAAGUUUGUGCUGUCGUGCCGUGGGUCAGCCGAACGGUUCACCCUGCAAGCAGCAAACACGGACAUUAAACAGGUCUGGGUUCAGCAUAUCACCGAGCUUCUUGACUUACAGAGCAACUUCUUGUCAGCUCUGCAGUCUCCCAUCGAGUAUCAGAAGGAGCGCAGCGGCUCUCAGUCUCUGAGCCGAAACUCCUCCAGCGGUGGGCGAAUGGGUCAGUCCAACAGCAGGCCCAGCUCCACUGUGUCUCUCGGGGCAGAGAAACCCUCUCUGUCUGGACGGAGCUCCACUCCAGCAAGGCUAACUACCUCCAACGGUGGUCCAUGCCACGACUCGGACAGAUCCCACAGGCAGCUUGACGGUGUGGGCUGUAACGGUACGUCGUCCUCCCUGAUGGUGACUCAGGACUAUAAUGCACUGAAGGAGAACGAGAUCUGCGUCACGCAGGGUGAGACGGUGCAGAUACUGGCCACUAACCAACAGAGCAUGUACCUGGUGUACCGACCCGCUAACAGCCAGUCGCCGGCCGCGGAGGGCUGGGUGCCGGGACACAUCCUGGGCCCCCUCACUAAACCCCUCACAGACACUACUGCAGACUCAAACAUCAAGAAAUCGCUCUCGUGGAACACGCUUCGUGCUCGCAAGCGUGCAGAGAAGGACAGUGCGCCCCUCAAAUGUGACAUUAAAGUUGAGAAUGGACUGCGUAAACCAAAGGAAAUUCUCAGCAGCAAAGUCACUGUGAAAGAUUCCCGCAGCUCAGAUGAGUCCGACUGUGAGGAUGAACUAGACCCCAAAACUAGCAUGGAGUUACUGAAUCCUAAUUUCAUCCAGGAGGUGGCUCCGGAGUUCCUGACCCCUCUAGCGGACGUGACGUGUGCUCUGGGGGAGACGGUGGUCCUGUGCUGUAAAGUAUGCGCCCGACCCAAGCCCACAAUCACCCUGAAAGGACCUGAUCAAAGUCUGCUGGUCAACAAUAACCGAUUCACUAUCAAUAUUAGGGAAUCGGGUGAUAUAGUGUUGAAGAUCUGUAAUCUGAUGCCUCAGGACACUGGCAUCUACACGUGUGUGGCUGUGAAUGAUCACGGCACUGCCUCCUCAUCUGCAUCUAUUAAAGUACAAGGUAUCCCAGCAGCCCCUGCUCGUCCCGUGGCGCAGGAAGCCAGCAGCACCGCAGUGAUCGUCCACUGGCUUCCUCCAGCCAGCUCAGGAAACUCUGCCAUCUCCAGCUACACUGUGGAAUACAGGCAGGAAGACUCUCUGGUGUGGCAGCAGUCGGUGGUCUCCACUGCAGACGUGUGUGUGAAGAUUGAGAAUCUGAUUCCUGGUGGCCAUUAUCAGUUCAGAGUCAGUGCCAGUAACCCCUGGGGCAUCAGCCCACCCAGUGACCCCUCAAACAUGGUGACAUUACCCAGCACAGCCUCAAUUUAUGACGGCACUGGAAUCCAGUGGAAAGACAACUUUGAAUCUACAUUCACAGAAUUGUGUGAAAUUGGACGGGGUCGUUUCUCAGUCGUGAGGAAGUGUCUCAGUAAGGCCAGUAAGAUUGCAGUAAGGCCAGUAAGAAGGAGGUUUGCUGUGAAGUUUGUCAAUCAUGAAGCAUCCGCAGCUGCAGAAGAAACGAGCAGUUAUGUGUUCAGUGUUGAGGAUGGGCGUCUGCUGGACUAUCUGGUGGCUCACGAUGAGCUGAUGGAGGAGAAGGUGGCGUUCUUCAUUAAAGACACACUGGAAGCUCUGCAGCACCUGCACACAUGCAGAGUAGCUCACCUGGACCUCAAGCCUGAAAACCUGUUGGUGGACCUCCACGUGCCGGUGCCCUGCGUGAAACUCUCAGAUCUGGGCGAUGCUGUACAGGUUUCGGGUCACCGCUAUGUGCAUCUCCUCCUGGGGAACCCGGAGUUUGCCGCUCCAGAGCUCAUCCAGGGCACCCCGGUGUCCCUGUCCACGGAUGUGUGGAGUGUAGGGGUGCUGGCCUACGUCAUGCUCAGCGGAGUCUCCCCGUUCCUGGACGAGAGUCUGGAGGAGACCUGCGUCAACAUCUGCAGGCUGGACUUCUGCUUUCCUGAGGAGUACUUCAGUGGCGUUAGCCAGGCCGCCAAAGACUUUAUUGUGUCCACGCUAAACCAGGACCCCAGGAAGAGGCCGAGCUCAGCUACAUGUGUGCAGCACCCGUGGGUGAGCGCUCAUAGUGGAGAUUACUCCAAAACACCACUGGACACCGUCAGACUCGCUGCGUUUGUAGACCGCCGCAAACAGCUGCAUGAUGUCAGACCUGUGACAAAUGUUAAAGGACUGGUCAGCAGCAGUAUGGGACACACCUUAUGAGAGGAGAACAUGGGCUGGAGGAAAGAGAGUCUAGCAUGCCACAUGCUGUACUUCAACACUAGAUGUCAUUUACAUUAUAUCAUUUCAUUUGGAAUGUGCGCAGUGUUUCCUGUAGUGUUUAUUGGCCUGCUCCUUUAUGACUUGUGGCCCUGCGAGUUCAACACUUUUGAGACCUUUAGUGAUUAAUAGACUAAGAAACUACAAGUAGACAAGAAUUGUGGGAAUUGCAGAGUUAGGAGUAGUAACAUCAUUGAAUGGCAUAUUAAGGCUUAGGGUGAUGCGUUUUGGAACUUUAAGUGUCCUAAACAGACCAGUAGGUGGGUGUUGUUAUAGAUUUCUGCCAUCACUUGUGCUGUUCCUAACUCGUAAGGUGUGCUAAAACAAAAAGAGAUUUGUUUGACGAAUGUACAUGCUGCUCUUUUCCAUCCAAUGAAAGUAAAUAAAAAAAGCUCUCAAAUCUCAUUUGUGUUCACAUAUAUUCAAAUAUGGCACAUCAGGUUUGACAUCUAUAAUGCAGGAUGACUUUGUUGGUCUCAUUUCUCAUAACAUGCCAGUUUGAAUAUGUGGAAGUUCAAAUGUUAUUUUAGAGCUCCAGUGGGAAGAUACAGAACAUUCAAUUCCUCAGUUUAAUGAUUCGUUUAGCUCAGUAUACAUCAGUACUCAUUCGAUUUCAAACUCAAAUACAGGCUUGGAGCAACAUGAGAGUAAAUAAAUGAUGACAGAAUGUGGUUGACGAUUGGAUGUGAAAAGAAAUUUAGUCAUCCAACAUCUUAGAGCAGAUAUAUUUUUCACUGAUUCAUUAAUUGAAAGAAUGUAGAAUAUUUGACAGGUAAGAAGUAUUGUACAAAUACCUGCGCGUAGAAAUAAUUGAUCAUACACCAUUUAACCUGGUAUGUAUUCAGUUUUCAUAGUAUGGGGUCAUUAGUGUCAUAAUUGAUGUCAUUAGGCAUAACGAGGAUUUUGAAUGUCUAAAAACAGAAAAAUACGAAUUAAACAGAGAAUAUUGUUUUCUUGUUUGUCUGAGUUUAAUAACUGAAAUUACAGCAAUUUGCAGACUUUUAUAACGUUCAAAAGUCUGUGAUUGCUAAGAUUUUUUUUAAGUUCCCUUUGAGGUCUCUUUUGCUCGCCAAGGCUGCGUUUAUAGAAAAAAAUAUGGUACUUUAUUUUACAGACCUGGUUCACAUUUACAUACUAUGCACUUAUUAUAGUAAUUACAAUAACUAGGUACUAACCCUGAACCUUACCCUACCCCAUGUAGUUACCGUAUAUUACCAGUACUUUUUUAGGUACAGUAAAUACACCAUAGGUACACUAAGUACUUAUAAGUACGUGUACUGUAAAAUAAAGUGCAACCAAAAAUACAGUAAAAACUAAAAUAUUGAGAAAUAUUAUUACAGUUCAUAACGAUUUUCUCUUUUAAUAUAUUUUAAAAUGUAAUUUUCAGCAGCCAU